GUUCUUCUCGGCCGUGCCCCUUGGACCUGGUGGCGGAGGUGGAGGCCGGAGGUCGUCCGGAGCAGGUUCCCCUGGGCGCUCCCACAUGGAGGAAGAGGUGCGCACGGCUGCAGCCGCGGAUGCUCGCACUUCCCACUGGACGGCGACGAAGGCGGUGGCCGCGCGUGCUCUGGAGGGGGUGGCCCGUGCGGCCUGUACGGGGGUGUGAGCGGAGGUGACCGUGGCCGGAUAGUGGAGGGCAAGCCGCGCGCGCGGCGGGCCGGCCACCGGCGGUAUAUAUCACUGGCUGCUGCUUUGGGGGUUGAACGUCCUUCUGUGUGUCCAUUGUUGUCCCCACAUAGUGCGGAGGAACUUCUCUGCACUUCCAAGCAGAUUCCGACUUGCCGCUGUGUCCACGGACGUCCUGUUUUCAAACUAUUUGAAGACUGCAUCAUCCUGCCUCCAGCACCAGCAGUUUCUCUGUUCUUGAUCAAUGUGAUUCACAGGAAUUUUUAAAGUAACAAACGAAAUGAGCCAGGGCCGUGGAAAAUAUGACUUUUAUAUUGGUCUGGGAUUGGCUAUGAGCUCCAGCAUUUUCAUUGGAGGGAGUUUCAUUUUGAAAAAAAAAGGCCUUCUGCGACUUGCCAGAAAAGGCUCCAUGAGAGCAGGUCAAGGUGGCCAUGCAUAUCUUAAAGAAUGGUUGUGGUGGGCUGGACUGCUAUCAAUGGGAGCUGGCGAGGUGGCCAACUUUGCUGCGUAUGCCUUUGCACCAGCCACCCUAGUGACUCCGUUAGGGGCACUCAGUGUCCUAGUGAGUGCUAUUCUUUCUUCAUACUUUCUAAAUGAAAGACUUAACCUUCAUGGAAAAAUUGGAUGUUUGCUAAGUAUUCUGGGAUCUACAGUUAUGGUUAUUCAUGCUCCAAAAGAAGAGGAGAUUGAGACUUUAAAUGAAAUGUCUCACAAGCUAGGAGAUCCAGGUUUUGUGGUCUUUGCAACACUUGUGGUCAUUGUGUCCUUGAUAUUAAUCUUUGUGGUGGGACCUCGCCAUGGACAGACAAACAUUCUUGUGUAUAUCACAAUCUGCUCUGUAAUUGGAGCGUUUUCAGUCUCCUGUGUUAAGGGCCUGGGCAUUGCUAUCAAGGAGCUGUUUGCUGGAAAGCCUGUGCUGCGACAUCCCCUGGCCUGGAUUCUGCUGCUGAGCCUUAUAGUCUGUGUGAGCACACAGAUUAAUUACCUGAACAGGGCCCUGGACAUAUUCAACACUUCCAUCGUGACUCCAAUAUAUUAUGUAUUCUUUACAACAUCGGUUUUAACUUGCUCAGCUAUUCUUUUUAAGGAGUGGCAAGAUAUGCCUGUUGAUGAUGUCAUUGGUACUCUGAGUGGCUUCUUUACAAUCAUUGUGGGAAUAUUCUUAUUGCAUGCCUUUAAAGACGUCAACUUUAGUCUCGCAAGUCUGCCUGUGUCUUUUCGGAAAGAUGAAAAAGUAAUGAAUGGCAGUCUCUGUAAUAUGUAUGAAGUUCUUAAUAAUAAUGAAGAGAGCUUAACCUGUGGAAUUGAACAACACACUGCUGAAAAUAUCUCCCGAAGAAAUGGAAAUCUGACAGCUUUUUAAUAAGAAAGAUGUAAUUAAAAGGUUAAUCUAUAAUUGUGUUAUAAAGUGAACUUGAGUAUCAGAAUGUGUCUGAAAAAGCAUUUUUCUCAAAUAAUGUUCCCUAGAGACAAUCUUUUUUAAGGUUUCACUAAUCUGGACCAAGAAAUUACUUUUCUUAUAUUUAAAUGAUGGUAGCUCACUAAAAUGACCUCAGUACAUGGCCACUUUCUUUUAACAUUGUAUUAUUAUAGAGGUAUUUUAAAUUUUCCUUCACCAAAAUCUAAAUGCACUAAUGACAGUUUUAAGUCUAUAAAAAUGCUUUAUUUUUUCAUUGGUGAUGAAACUCUGAAAUGUAUAUUUGUCAUGCCCACUCUAUCAAUUCUUGACCAUUUUAAGGCUUUUUGAUUUAAAAAAACAAAAUUAACUCAAUACCUUAUCCUGUAAUUUACCUUACCUGUAAAAAUGACUCCCAUUUGAUGAAUUAUUUUAAUUUUGAAAUGUUAAUUUAAGAGACUCCUAAGUUAUUAAAUGAAGGAAACUCUAUUACAACAAAAACAAAAAAGGUAGGAAAUCACCACACUGAAAUACUUCUCAGGCAGUGAGUUGUCACCGUGAACGUCUGAUGGCCUUCCUAGAUGGCACCUUGUUAAUAAACCAGCGUACCCUUUGUCGGACUACAGCCUGGCUGGUUUUAUUCUUCAGUUACUCAGUAAUCCCUUGAUGCCUGGAACCUUGAUUACCAUUUUUACAUCAGCUCUUGUACUUUUCCAUAUAUUUUCAUAAGGAGUUAUAUUGUCAUUUAGCUCUUCUAACAACUCUGGGAAAUGAAGUCAGAAGACUAGGGUAAUUUCUUAAAUUUAGCUCAUAUUGAAAUAAAAAGACAAAUUGAAACGAAGUUCUUUUCUAAGUCUGAAUGCUCAGAAUAAACAGGAUAUUUGUAAAA